CAGAGGUCGCCUUGAAGCGUAGAAGAAGAACCUCUUCCGCUAUUCUCUCGGCUCCCGCCCCGCUCCGCCAUCAUGAAGCUCUGAACAAAAAACCAAUGUCGACCAAAAUGGGGAUAACGCCAGCCAGGGAACACGCCGUUUAACGUCGUGACAGUGCAUAGCAGAGCCUGGAGCGGACGCCUGGGAAUUUAUGACACGACCCCACGAUGAAGACUUCCCAGUCGGCUCUUUGUGUUAACUGCUAACUACGGCUAAUUAGCCCCCAGAUUGUCCAAAGUAGACAAGCGCCGCUCUUCCCCUCCGCUAGCUGGCUAGUUAGCUCUGACAGGCUGCCGGCUGUCACCGCCGCUGACAUUCAUGUCCUCUCAGGCUGCCACAUUGACUCGGCGCGACGGGAUGGCGAGGACCUCGAGUAACAGACCAAAUGCAGUCUGCUGGCGUUGAGUAGACACCAGCGCCGGAAAGAGGAGAGAGAGACCUAUAUUUCUCCAAUCAGGCCAGUUAGCUAGCUUCUGCUAGCUACAGUGGAUCCCAAAAGCCACGGCGCUGGCCAUGCCAUCGAGUGUGCGGGCCGGGAGCCUGAAGGACCCGGAGGUGGCUGAGCUCUUCUACAGGGAAGAUCCUGAGAAGCUCUUUACAGACCUGAGGGAGAUUGGACAUGGGAGCUUUGGUGCCGUCUACUUUGCCCAUGACAUCCGCACCAAUGAGGUGGUGGCCAUCAAGAAGAUGUCCUAUGGUGGCAAACAGUCCAAUGAGAAAUGGCAGGACAUCAUCAAAGAAGUCAAAUUCCUCCAGAAACUGCGGCACCCCAACACGGUUGAGUACCAUGGCUGCUACCUGAGGGAGCACACGGCGUGGCUGGUGAUGGAGUACUGCUUGGGCUCCGCUUCUGACCUUUUGGAAGUCCACAAGAAACCCCUCCAAGAGGUGGAAAUAGCUGCUAUUACCCAUGGGGCACUUCAGGGACUGGUGUAUCUUCACUCUCACAACAUGAUUCACAGGGAUGUGAAAGCAGGAAACAUCUUGCUCACAGAGCCGGGUCAGGUCAAACUAGGCGACUUUGGUUCUGCAUCCAUUGUCGCUCCAGCCAACUCCUUUGUGGGAACACCUUACUGGAUGGCCCCUGAGGUGAUCCUGGCCAUGGACGAGGGUCAGUACGAUGGAAAGGUGGAUGUGUGGUCACUUGGCAUUACCUGCAUAGAGCUGGCGGAAAGGAAGCCUCCCCUGUUCAACAUGAAUGCUAUGAGUGCCUUAUAUCACAUUGCCCAGAAUGAGAGCCCCGUGUUGCAGUCAAAUCACUGGUCGGAUUAUUUUCGCAAUUUUGUGGACUCAUGCUUGCAGAAGCUGGUCCAGGACAGACUUACCUCUGACGUGCUGCUCAAGCACCAUUUCCUAUGCAGAGAGCGUCCCAUGACCGUUGUGAUGGACCUAAUUGCACGUACCAAGGAUGCUGUUCGCGAGCUGGACAACCUGCAGUACCGGAAGAUGAAGAAAAUACUCUUCCACGAAGCCCACAAUGGCCCUGCACCAGAGGGGGCCGACGAGGAAGAGGACGUGGAGCAGUACAUGCUGCGCACGGGAACGGUCAACAGCAUGGAGAGCUCCCACUCGCUGCCAUCCAUGUCCAUCAGCGCCAGCUCCCAAAGCAGCUCCGUCAAUAGCCUGGCGGAUGGUUCAGACGACAGCGGCGAGAUGGCCAUGAUGCAGGAGGGCGAGCACACCGUCACUUCUAACAGCUCCGUCUUACACAAGCCGCUGAGCCACGACAACAUCUAUGAUGAUCCUUAUCAGCCUGAGGUUGAUUCACAACGAGAUGCCUCGUCUGCUGGUGGUGGUGGAGGUGGUGGAGGAGGAGGUGGUGGUGGGAGACGUCGUCGAGGCCGAGACCAUUUCGCUACCAUUAGGACUGCUUCGCUUGUCACUCGCCAGAUCCAAGAACAUGAGCAAGGGUCGGCCUUGAGGGAGCAGAUGUCUGGGUACAAGCGGAUGCGCCGGCAGCACCAGAAACAGUUGAUGGGCCUUGAAAACAAGCUGAAAGCAGAGAUGGACGAGCACCAGCUGAGACUUGACAAGGAGUUGGAGAACCAGAGGAACAGCUUCUCUAUGGAGGGUGAAAAGUUAUCCAAAAAGCACUCCGCUAUCAUGGACAAGGAGACAAAGGCGGUCCUGACUGAGGAGAAAAAGUUCCAGCAGCACAUACUCGGCCAGCAGAAAAAGGAGUUGACAAGUCUGUUGGAAUCACAGAAACGACAAUAUCGACAACGCAAGGAGCAGCUUAAAGAGGAGUUGAACGAGAACCAGUCAACGCCCAAGCGGGAGAAGCAGGAGUGGCUGGUGCACCAGAAAGAGUGUCUGCAGCAGCUCCAGGCAGAGGAGGAGUCAGGCCUGCUGAGGAGGCAGAGGCAGUAUUAUGAGCUGCAGUGUCGCCAGUACAAGAGGAAGAUGCUGCUGGCACGACACAAUCUAGAGCAGGAUCUGAUCCGUGAGGAGCUGAACAAGAAGCAGACCCUGAAGGACCUGGACUGUGCUAUGCUGCUGCGCCACCACGAGUCCACCCAGGAGCUGGAGUUCCGCCAGCUGGGUCUGGUGCAGCGCACCCGGGCCGAUCUGAUCCGCACGCAGCACCAGACAGAGCUCACCAACCAGAUGGAGUACAACAAGCGGCGUGAGCAGGAGCUGCGUCAGAAGCACGCCGUGGAAGUCCGCCAGCAGCCCAAGAGCCUCAAAUCUAAAGAACUGCAGAUAAAGCGUCAGUUCCAGGACACGUGCAAGAUCCAAACCCGCCAGUACAAGGCCCUGAGGAACCACCUGCUGGAAAACACGCCCAAGUCGGACCACAAGGCCGUGCUGAAGCGUCUGAAGGAUGAGCAGACCCGUACUGCCAUCCUUGCCGAGCAGUACGACCACUCCAUCAAUGACAUGCUGUCCACACAGGCUCUAAGAUUGGACGAGACCCAGGAAGCGGAGUACAAGGUGCUGCGCAUGCAACUUCAGCAGGAGCUGGAGCUACUCAACGCCUACCAGAGUAAGAUCAAGAUCCACACGGACACGCAGCACGAUAGGGAAGUCAAGGACCUGGAACAGAGGGUGUCCAUCCGCCGCGCACUGCUGGAGCAAAGGAUCGAGGAGGAGAUGCUGUCCCUCCAGAACGAGCGCUCGGAGCGCAUCCGCACCCUCUUGGAGCGCCAGGCCAGCGAGAUCGAGAGCUUCGACUCGGAGAGUUUACGCCUGGGCUUCACUAACUUGUCCCUGUCGGGCCUCCCUGCCGACGCCUACUCCAAGCAGGGUUACCCCAGCGCCCCGCCCCCGGCCCCCCGCUCCGCCAGCCACUGGAGCCACGGCGUGCACCCCCACCGCGCCCCCCCGCCGCAGCCCUCCCGCCGCAGCCACAACAACAGCGGCGGCGUUGGGGGAGGAGAGCGCAGAAGCGACUCCUCCUCCUCUUCCUCCUCCUCCUCGCACGGGUCGGGGAUGGCGUUGGCGCUGUCGAGGGACGGGCACCACUCGUCCCGCUCCUCGUCCUCCUCGUCUUCCUCCCACCACCAGCGCCACCAGCUGCCGCAACACUACCACCACCAGAGCACGCCGCAGCUGUACCGCGAGCGAGAGCGGGAUAGAGACCGCGAGCGGGAGAAGGAGCGGGAGUGGCCCGGGAUGCGAGGCCCCAGCGGUGACCUGGUCCACCCGUUACCUUUACCCUUCUCCCACCACCUCCCCUCACGCUCCUCCUCGCAGUCCCUCGCCAUGCUGCCACCACCGCCACCGGCCCCUCCCUCUAUCUCCGGCCCGUCGUCCUCCUCGUCUUCCUCCUCCUCCUCGCAGGGGGGGGUCUACGGCGGUGAAAGAGGCGGCGGCGGCGGCGGUGGGCUCGGCAUACGCGCCGCCCCCAGCCUGAUGGCACUGAGAAACAGCCCCCAGCCUCUGAGGAGGACGGCGUCUGGCGGGGGACCGGGGGCGGCCGCGGGCGCUGACGGCGUCCUGAGCCGGAGCACCUCGGUGACUUCGCACAUCUCCAACGGCUCGCACCUCUCCUACUCCUAGAUGGAGGCACAAAGGGGCGGGGCUUAGGGUUAAGGUUGCGUCUCAGUCUCGACCAUUUUGUCUCUUUUCGAGGACAAGCUGCGUCCUGCUUCCUGCGACUUAGGAAGAGGGGAAUGUAACACCACUUGAGCUUAGGUUUCAAAAUAAAACUUUUUUUAAACAGGUAAAAAAAAAAAAAAGGGCGGGGUUUGGAGGCCAUGUCUUCUUCUAUGAUGUUCAAUGCUGGAAUGGAGAACAAGCGAGCAUAAUAUUGGACACUGAUGUGAUUGAGAGCCGAGAGAAGGCCGGGGCCUCGACUGAGCCGCUAGUUUGGUGCCCCCAAAGGUGCUGACCCAGCAGCAGUGACCGGAGCAGCGCAUAACUUUUUGUUGUUGAGGAAGUGACGCUGCAGAGGCCCCAAAGGUCACUCUUGACACAGUGAGAAAGUUAGUUUCUCUUUCAUGGAUAGCGGAAGGGGAAAAAAAAAAAAAAAUCUCAUACGGUUUGUAAUGACUCCAACACCAGCUCAGCACCA